AUGGGCAACAAGAAGAGGGAUUCCUUCGACCUUCACGACGACAAUGCUUCAGAGGUCGGUUCCGAGUUUCGACCUGCCGGGGUCGAGGCAGAAGUCUUUUCCCAGCCCGUCGGCUUCAUCCCCAAGUUCCCUGCGCCGCCACGAUAUAUCAAGGUCAAGGCCCAAUAUAGGAAACAGAAGGAUUUCGACAGGCUAUUCCUGGCCCAAAUACUGUUGGGGGCGCCGCCGUCCAAAACUCGCAAGGCCGAGAUAGACUCCAAGAUCCACAGCAUCAAUGAUAGUCCGGAUGAUGUCCCGCCAACGCUCCCCAGGAACUCUGCAAACAAUGCGGUAUGGGCCAUGGAAUUCUCAAAAGAUGGAAGAUAUCUCGCUGCUGCCGGGCAGGACAAAAAGCUGAGAGUGUGGGAGGUCAUCUCAUCUGCGGACGAUCGAGAGAUGGAAGAGAAGCUUGCCGAGACCAACAAUGAUGGGGAGAAGGUCAAACUCAACGCUCCCGUCUUCAAGAGGAAACUCAUUCGCGAAUAUGACGGCCACACUUCGAGCAUCCUGGACCUCAGCUGGAGCAAGAACAACUUCCUGCUGUCUUCGUCCAUGGAUAAAACCGUUAGGCUAUAUCAUGUGAGUCGGGCGGAAUGUUUAUGUGCGUUCAAACAUAAUGACUUCGUCACCUCGAUCCAAUUUCAUCCACGAGAUGAUCGAUUCUUCUUGGCCGGCUCCCUGGACUCGAAGAUACGUUUGUGGAGCAUACCGGACAAGAACGUCGCAUACUGGACGCAGGUUUCUGACAUGGUCACUGCUGUCGCAUUCACGCCAGAUGGGAAGACCGCCAUCGCCGGUUGCCUGAAUGGUUUGUGUAUUCUUUAUGACACUGAAGGUCUCAAGGCGCAUUCGCAAAUUCACGUCCGGUCGGCGCGAGGCAAAAAUGCCAAAGGUAGCAAAAUCACGGGGAUUGACACAAUAUCCUUACCUCGAGAGGGCGGGCAGCCGGACGUGAAACUCCUGAUCACCAGCAACGACUCCAGGGUGCGCAUGUACAACUUAAAGGAUAGGACCCUUGAGGUGAAAUUCCGCGGUAAUGAGAAUUCCUGCAGCCAAAUCCAUGCCUCGUUCAGCGACGACGGGAAAUAUGUAAUCUGCGGGAGCGAGGACCGCAAGGUGUAUAUAUGGCCAACAUCCGUCAACGAACGGCCUGACAAUGAUAAGCGGCCGAUGGAAGUGUUUGAGGCGCACUCAGCCAUCGUCACUACGGCGAUUAUGGCUCCUGAAAAGACGAGACGUUUACUGGCACAGUCGGGAGAUCCUCUGUAUGACCUCUGCAAUCCGCCACCAGUGACAUUGGUCAGUCGUGCAGACUCGGUCAUUUCGUCUCGCGCACCCACAAACAACAGCAACCACUCGGACGACAAACAUACCAAGGAUGGAACCAGGCUAUCGGAAUCUCCCCGCCGCGCCCCGGAGACGCCCGCGUAUUUGUCUCGUCAUUCGCAUCCUGGCGGUCAGAUCAUUGUCACAGCAGACUACACUGGACAAAUCAAGGUCUUCCGGCAAGACUGUGCUUUCCAGAAACGCAGACAUGAGUCAUGGGACUCCAGCUCAACUUUCUCCAGGAAAAUGCUAGCUCGGACUGGAUCUGUGGCAACGCGCAACUCUGUGAACUCAUCCACUCAUCGGAACUCGUUCGUCAUGAACCCUAAGACCCAGUCAACGGAUCGCAUCUUGAGCUGGAGGAAUUCUGUGAGUGUCAACGAUACCGCAAACCACAAUGCCUCGACAAGUAUGUUGGAUAUCCGGGGCGGACUGGCCAACAACGAGCGGUCUCGUAGUGCUUCUCCCAGGAAGAUCCUCGGACACCGUCUAUCGCUUCACAGAUCGGCUCCUCCACGGAAAGAUACUGCUGCCUCCCCUGCAUCUCCCGAAUAUCACUCGCCGUUACAGCAGAUCCACAAUGGGCCCUCGAUUACGAUUCAGUCGCCUCUCACUGAGUCACCUGGUAGUUUUCACUCAGCGACGCAGAAAUCUCCACACCAGGAGGUACUCUCGCCGCAGGUAUCUCUGAAGCCUUUGCCUUCGAAUCCUACUCCGAGCGACCUCCCACACAGCCCGAACGAUCCACUUUUCCUGAUGGACCAGCAGUCGUACCUCGCUUGGGAUAUGAGGACCACAUUAUUGCCUAUGGCGAAGCAUAUGCCCCGCACACCCGGCUUGUUGGGCGCAGAUGGCAACCCCCUCUCCCGCGCCCCUAGCUACAUGAGCCAAUUGUCUAGUGAACUUACUGGUUCAGAACGCGAACCCAGUCCUGGCGGGAGUAUGGGCGAUGAUGAGCGCAGGGCGUCGGCGGUCGAUAACAAGAACCGCAAAUCCCGGUCCUGGAGGCGGAGUAGUGCAGCAAGCGAGAGCGAUUUAAAGUGCAAGAAGUGUGGAGGCACAACAUUCAAAGCGACCAUGACGGAUAAGGGCCAAAGCUUCAGGUGUAAAAAGUGUGGGACUGCUGUUUGA